AGCCCCUCUUUGCUUCCUCUGCAACUCUCUCUGCUUCGGUGCUUCCUCUUCCUCUUCGAUCUCUCCCCUGUAUCCCUCAAACCCUGGAGAGAGAGAGUUGACUGACGGGGAAGCUUCUCAAUCGAGACGAAGAUGACCUCUGCUUUGUAUGCUUCCGAUUUGUUCAAGCAGCUCAAGUCAAUUAUUGGGACCGAUUCGAUUUCGGACGACGUCGUCCUUGUGAUUGCAACCACUUCUUUGGCUCUUGUAGCUGGCUUUGUUGUUUUGUUAUGGAGGAAAUCUACGGCGGAUCAGAGCCGGGAGCUUAAGCCUUUGGUCAUCCCUAAGUCUCUUAUGUCUAAGGACGACGACGACGAUGUGGAUUUGGGAUCCGGCAAGACUAGAGUCUCUAUCUUCUUCGGUACUCAGACUGGAACUGCUGAGGGAUUUGCUAAGGCAUUAUCAGAAGAAAUCAAAGCCAGAUAUGAAAAAGCCUCUGUCAGAGUCAUUGACUUGGAUGACUAUGCUGCUGAUGAUGACCAAUAUGAAGAGAAAUUGAAGAAGGAAUCUUUGGCAUUUUUUUGUGUUGCUACUUAUGGAGACGGAGAGCCUACUGACAAUGCUGCUAGAUUUUACAAAUGGUUUACGGAGGAAAAUGAACGGGAUAUAAGUCUUCCACAACUAACAUAUGGUGUGUUUGCUCUUGGUAAUCGCCAGUAUGAACACUUUAAUAAGAUUGGGAUAGUUCUUGAUGAAGAGCUUUGUAAGAAAGGUGCAAAGCGCCUUACUGAAGUUGGUCUAGGAGAUGAUGAUCAGAGCAUCGAGGAUGAUUUUAAUGCCUGGAAGGAAUCGUUAUGGUCUAAACUAGACAAGGUUCUCAGGGACGAGGAUGAUAUAAGUGUGGUAACUCCCUAUACAGCUGUUAUUCCUGAAUACCGGCUGGUGAUUCAUGAUCCUAGUUUUACAUCCGAGAAAUCAAUGGACUCAAAUGUGGCCAACGGAAAUACUGCAAUUGACAUUCAUCAUCCCUUCAGAGUUGAUGUUGCUGUGCAGAGGGAGCUUCAUACACCUGAAUCUGAUCGGUCUUGCAUCCAUCUCGAGUUCGACAUAUCAGGGACUGCUAUUACAUAUGAAACAGGAGACCAUGUAGGUGUAUAUGCGGAAAAUCAUGUUGAAAUAGUUGAAGAAGCUGGAAAAUUGCUUGGCCACUCUCUAGAUUUAGUAUUUUCCAUACAUGCUGAUAAGGAAGAUGGCUCCCCGUUAGGAAGCGCAGUGCCGCCUCCUUUCCCUGGUCCAUGCACACUUGGGACUGCUUUGGCAAGAUACACAGACCUUUUGAACCCUCCUCGAAAGUCUGCGUUAGUUGCCUUGGCGGCCUAUGCCACUGAACCAAGCGAAGCCAAGAAACUCAAAAACCUGACAUCACCUGAUGGAAAGGAUGAGUAUUCACAAUGGAUUGUUGCAAGUCAGAGAAGUCUGUUAGAGGUGAUGGCUGCUUUUCCAUCUGCAAAACCCCCACUAGGUGUAUUUUUUGCUGCAAUAGCUCCUCGUCUACAACCUCGUUACUACUCCAUCUCCUCUUCGCCGAGAUUAAUGCCAAGUAGAGUUCAUGUUACAUCCGCACUGGUAUAUGGUCCAACUCCUACUGGUAGAAUCCACAAGGGGGUGUGUUCGACAUGGAUGAAGAAUGCAGUUCCUGCGGAGAAAAGUCAUGAAUGUAGUGGAGCCCCAAUCUUUAUUCGAUCAUCUAAUUUCAAGUUACCGUCCAACCCUUCAACUCCAAUCGUUAUGGUGGGACCUGGGACUGGCUUUGCACCUUUUAGAGGGUUUCUGCAGGAAAGGAUGGCACUAAAAGAAAAUGGAGAAGAACUAGGUUCAUCUUUGCUCUUCUUUGGGUGUAGAAAUCGACGGAUGGAUUUUAUAUACGAGGAUGAGCUAAAGAAUUUUGUUGAUCAAGGCGUAAUAUCUGAGCUCAUUGUGGCAUUCUCGCGUGAGGGAGCACAGAAGGAGUAUGUUCAACAUAAGAUGAUGGAGAAGGCAGCACAAGUUUGGAAUUUAAUACAGGAAGGAGGAUAUCUCUAUGUAUGUGGUGAUGCUAAGGGCAUGGCGAAGGAUGUCCACCGAACUCUACACACCAUUGUUAUAGAGCAGGAAGGUGUGAGUUCGUCAGAGGCAGAGGCUAUAGUUAAGAAACUUCAAACUGAAGGAAGAUACCUGAGAGAUGUCUGGUGAUUUUGAUUAAUUGGAAUUUUCUGCCUUUUCAAGGUUUCUUGAAACGAAGACUUCUUUUUUUUUACCAAUUAGAUAUUUAUUUGUUUAGUUUCUCUCAAUCUCCCUUCUUUCCUACUUGCUUAUUUAUAGUCAAACAUGAAUGGUGGUUUGUCAAAGUUGUCUUUGUAUGAACAAAAAUAUAAACUAUAAAAUAAAUCUGGAGAGCGAAAAGAUUUUAUUAUA